AUCUGGCGUUACUAUGGUUACUGUCGGCUGUUUUUUUAACUGCCCGUAAAAACCGAAAAGCUGUUAAGAUUUCUUUUGUUAUUAAUAAUAUUAGUAUAUUGUAACAGUUUAAUUAAAACAUAAAACGUUAAGCAGACCAAUGCCGCCUCUAACUGCAAAUUACCUGCCAAUGGUUUCCGCACGGAAGUAUUUUGUAAGCGCACACACUACGAUGGCAACACGCUCCUGCACGAGUAGUGAUGCUUCAGAUGAAAUAAAUGAUCCGGGAGCUGCUCCUUAUGGAAACUUUAUAAACUAUUACACCUUCAAUCCUCCGGAGAACCGCCUGAGUCUGAUUCCAGCCACACUACUUCAGGAUUUAGGCUACAGCGACGGCCAACAGACCACACUCAUCCUGGACGUGGGGUGUAAUUCAGGGGAACUGAGUGUUGCCUUUUACGAGCAUCUGGUGCAGGGACCUGUGUGCGAACAAGAAGAAGAGUCAAACAGGAGGAGAGUUAACCUCCUGGGCUUUGACUUGGAUGAGAUCCUUAUUGAGCGGGCUCAGCAGGCCAAUCCUCUGCCCAGCAACAUCUCCUUCAUCCCUCUGGACAUCAUUAAAGACACAGACCAGCUGCAGGAUUACCUCAACCAGCACGGCUGCUCCAGCUUCCACCUGUGUCUGUGCCUGGCUGUCACCAUGUGGGUCCACCUAAACCACGGAGACUCCGGCCUGCUGCACUUGCUCUCCAGCCUGGCCUCCAUCAGCCAGCACAUCCUGCUGGAGGCACAGCCCUGGAAGUGCUACCGCUCUGCAGCCCGGCGGCUGAGGAAGCUGGGCCGCUCAGACUUUGACCACUUCAAGAACCUGAAGAUCCGCGGGGAAAUGGCAGAACAUGCCAGGGAGCACCUGGAGAGAAACUGUGGCAUGGAGCUCAUCCAGAGCUUUGGCAGCACCGCAUGGGACCGCAAGCUGCUGCUCUUCAGGAGGAGAUGAGACUGACGGACAGGAGUCAGAGUUUUCAGAGACAUGCCCAGGAAGACAACACGGGAGAAAUCAACUUGGGGAAUGGGAGAAAAGUAAAGCUGAACUAAUUAGCUGAUCAGGAUUCAUCAGCAAUGAUUGACAGGUUAUUAUUUAAGUCACUUCUCAAGCAAAAGUCUUUUCAAAUGUAAAGAUACAAGUGUGCUCUUGGUCGGACAAAACAAGCAAGGGUGUCAUGUUGGGUUUGGCAGCAGGACAAAGACAUUUUCAUUACAGUUUGUAGACUAAACUACUGAUGAUGAGUCUAUCAUGACUAUUUUAGACUGAGACCUACAAUUAUUGUCAUUUCGUUCAGUCUAUAAAAUCUCAGUUUACCAAUAAAAUAAACAUUCAUCUGAUUAUCAAAAUCUGCCAAUUUGACUUUUGCUUGCAGCUUUAAAGCAGUAGUCUUAUAACAUGUGACAGAACGUCUGACAACAAAAUACAUAAGAGCAAAAACUAGGAAAUAAGUUCCUAAAAAAGGUUUGUCCUGAAGCGUUUAGUAGUUUUUGACAGAAAUCACCAAAAUAACCAUCUUUAAAUAAAUCACACCUUUAGGAUUCUCUGUGUGAUCUGCCUUUGAUACCUAAUGCAAUUUUCUUUUUACUUCCAUUUAAACUUAUAUUCUGUGACUAAAAAAACAACCUUAAAAUACUUAGUUUGUGUUGGGUUGUAUUCUCUAAACGACACUGCUUACUGAUUAUCUUCUAUGCAAUUAUUACUGUGCAGAAUAAAAUGAUUAAACUGUUGACCAUUAUCAAGCAGCUCCUUCCGUAUCAGAGCUGACUGAAUCACAGUGGUCAAUGACACAAAACUUAAAAACACAACAUUAAUUUUCAUCAUUUUAAUUACAGAAUACUAAAAAUAACAUUACAUAAAAUGUCUUUUUAAAAGAAACCAUUGAAUAUUACAAAGGUUGUAAAUUUUGUAAAGUUAGGAUAUAAAAUCUUUGAACAGUGGUGCAUAAUUGAAAAGAAAAAUAAUUUUCAUAAAAUGUAUAUAUUAACUGUUCUACUACAUAAAAAAUGAGAUGGACACAAAUUGCAGACAGACGAGAUGAGUAGACACCACCGUUACCGCAGUGAGCUCUCCUUUCGAAGGAAGAAAGACUUGAGAUGCACAGCACACACCACAAUCAGCUUAAGUUCUCAAGUUAUGUCUAUGUUCAAAAAAAAAAAAAAAAAAUUGGAGGGGAAGGGGGAAAAGUUACCAUUUACAACAGAGGGGAAACCAACAAGCUCGAAAGACUACAAAAAGUGACUUGGUGGCUGCUCCCAUAUUCACACACACACCUCGAUGGGUGAAAAACCCGACUAAACUGGCCUUGGUUCCAUAAACACAUACUGUUUUUCCACAGGUUUAAGCUGUACAAAGAGUUUUUGAGAAACCCCAUACUUUAAAAUCAUUCCACCAAGACAGGGAAAUAAUGAUCAGCUGUCUUUCAGUUUCAUAACACAGCCAUUCCUAAAUCCUACUGUACAAAAGGUCAGUCAGAUCCACUGAAAGCUACCAUGGUCACACAAUUCAAAUAUCAGGAGGUCAACCUGGAAUAGACUAUACACAAGAGGAAGGGGAAGGGAGGGGGGCAUGCAUAUUCCAACAGUGUGCUUUCUUUCUGCGAUUUACGUCACUCUGUGUCACGUCAUCGUCACGAGCCCUUGUUAAGAUGUUUCUUUUGUUUUUUUUCUCAAAUCAACACCACAGAUGCGCUCAAAAAGAAAUCACCCAUCGAGGACAUUCAGAGCCUGUUUGAACCGCAAAUGUCCCUCUACAUGUACAACACACUGGCCAGUCAUGUCCACACAGAGGUAUUUCAUUAGUCUCCAGCCAUUCGGGAGACAUGUUGUCACAUUUUUGGUAAACAGACAUGAGGGUGGGGACAAACAGUUUGUUUAGGUGUUGUUUCAAAACCGUCGAGACCUGGUUUAAAAAUCAGGAGUUGCGCUGAGUGGCAGAAUCUCUGUUCCUUCUGUGCAGCAGUAGUGGUUUUGUGGGCCCAUGAAGACCAGGAAGGUGGGGGAGAGAUAAAGAGUGAGUAAGAGAAGGUGGAAAGAGGGAAACAGACAAUAACCCAGAGGACAUCUCAGAAGACAAAAAAAACACAAAGGGAGCCUGAGACAACAGAGGCAUUUGGGAGGAAAUGAGGUGAGAGACACCAGCAGAGCUACUUGGGUUUGGCUGGUCUGUUGCUCAGACAGCUGGAGUUUCUUUUCACCAGGGAUCCAGGAGAGCUGCUGCUUAUCACGUAGGCUAAUAAUGCUGUUUAGGUUCAAAUGAGUCCCCCUGAGUUAGUGCACACGUCAGAGUCAGGCAGGCCUCGCCCGCUUAUUCGUUAAGAAAUCCACAAAAAAGAAGCAUUAAGAAAAAAAAAAAAAAA